AUGUCUAACACCCGGGCGAUGGUAAGAACCCCCGCCGGGCCCGAAAGCCCCAAGGUUUCUUUAGCGAAAAACGACAAGAACAGCGUAAUGAAGCAGCUAGAGGUCAGCUUGAAGUCGAAAUCCCUAUACGACCAAAGGACAAAAGGGCAGCUCCAGAUGAUUCGGAGGCAGAGUCAAGCCCAAAAAAGAAAAGAGGCCCCUAAAACAAAACCUCUAGAUGUGAAAGCUUUCAUGCACGAUUUGAAGACCGAUUACUCCAAGAAGAGGCUUAAACCUAUGCCACCAAGGCCUCCGAAGCAGAAAUGGCGUCCGGCAAAGACUGCCAUUACUGAUCGGGCGAAGGCACCCAAAGGCUGGAACUCAAGAGAGCCUGAUCUAAUUAAUGAUGAUCUGCAGUCUCAGAUCACCAGAUGUCGUGAGCGGAUUAAGGAGAACAUCAUGCCCCAUGUUUAUGAACAUAAACUGGAAGAGCUGCUGAUGGAGCAGGAGGAACGAGACAAAAAGAUGGCUGCAGAGAAGGGGCUAAAUUGGCCGGUUGUGCGACGAUUAGAGAAUCUCCAAUCUAUCCUAGAAUGGGCUCAGAGCAAUGCUAUCAAGGACAAAUACAAGAUCGCCAACAAUGUCCAAAAUGUCAUUCUAGCUUACCGAUCAGGUGUCUUGGACUGGUGCCAUGGCUUCGUCACCUACUGGCACAAUGGAGCCCAGCUCUGUGCGCCAAGGCCCUUCAAGUGGGAUGAAUUCCAAUACCUCUAUGACGAGUAUAAGGGAAAUGAGACCGGGUUUUGGGUCGAGGGCAUAGAUGGUCCUGGACCUAGCAGUCAACUGGCUGUGAUCGAAUGCGGAACGGGGUCCAGAAAGUGGGCAGCAGAGAUGUCAAUUGCUCUUCGAAUCCCUAUGACAGGCGGUAAACCAUCACCUGAGUCCUUUGAAUUCUCGUUCAAGGAUGAUACCGGAGCUGAUUAUAUGGUUCUUUAUGAAAACGACGUGGACCGACUAAGAACAAACCUACAAGCCCAGGGCCUUAUGUACCCCGUACCUCGACUCUUGGGGGUGUUAGUUGUGACUUUGGGCGAUGGCAGCCAGAAAACCAUGUUGGUAAGAGAGUUGGAAGUCAACAUGUGGAAUGAGCAAGAGAAACAAUAUAUGGCAGCCAGUUGGGACUCGAUACCGGUUGUCGUCCUUCCUGGACGUGGAACAAAGCGCCUGAAUGGACCUUGGAUGCGUUGGAAGUUCUAUACAGCAACAGCCCCCGAUAACUCGAACCGUUUGUGGAUAUAUGACCACAAUCCUUCCAACCCCCUUAUGCGUGGCCCGAAGAUACCUACCGCGACUCAAGCACAGAUGGAUAGGGCAUUGCCGACUGCGCAUAAAUAUGAGAGCAUCGAAAACCAUCCUCAAUUUAACCCGGAUAUCCCGUCGGGGAAAUCGAUAAUAUAA